UCUACCUUUCUCAUUUCUGGUGUUGAAUCUCCGAAUCCAAUUUCCUCUCCCUCUCCCUCUACCAUCAACAAUGGCAACAUCUAUUGCAGCUCGCUUCUCUAGAAAGGCCGCGGCCUCGGCGUUCUCCGGCUGUCGCUACGUCACCGCUUCCCGUAGUUUCUCCGCGGAGGCUGCCAAAACGAUCUCGCCAUCGUCGGAUCGAGUGAAGUGGGACUACAGGGGUCAAAGAAAAAUAAUCCCUCUCGGUCAGUGGGUCCCUAAGGUAGCUGUCGACGCUUACGUUGCCCCCAACGUUGUCUUGGCCGGUCAAGUAACAGUUAACGACGGAGCCUCGGUGUGGAAUGGUUGCGUCCUACGUGGCGAUCUCAACAAGAUCACCGUUGGGUUCUGCUCUAAUGUCCAGGAACGCUGCGUCAUUCACGCCGCUUGGUCCUCUCCGACCGGACUUCCAGCUGAGACAUCAAUUGAGAGGUUUGUGACAGUUGGUGCUUACAGUCUCUUGAGAUCAUGCACGAUUGAACCAGAGUGCAUUAUUGGACAACAUUCGAUUCUUAUGGAAGGUUCCUUGGUGGAGACUCACUCUAUCCUUGAAGCUGGUUCUGUAGUUCCUCCAGGUAGGAGAAUCCCAACUGGUGAGCUUUGGGCAGGAAAUCCAGCUAGGUUUGUUCGGGCUUUGACCCAUGAAGAAACCUUAGAAAUCCCUAAACUUGCCGUGGCUAUUAAUGAUCUAAGCAAAGAACAUUUAUCCGAGUUCCUUCCGUACUCAACAGCAUAUUUAGAAGUUGAGAAGUUAAAGAAGUCCCUAGGAAUAACCAUUUGAUUGCCCUUCAUUUUUCAUUAUUCCAUAAUAUCGGUUUCCCCGAGUUUUCCUUGCGAAGAAAUAAGCAACCAAAGAACACCUAGAAGAAGAAUCUUUUCUGUUGUUUAUCCAUGCACUUCAUCAUGUUGGCUGUUGAAAGAAAAACCUUUUAAUCAUGAGUGACCUAUGAAAUGGAAUAUAGAUUGUAGGUGAAUUAAUUUCAUUUUGUAUGAUGUUGAGUUUAUUGUGGUUUGUCCUUUGUGUUGAGUGUGAUGGCAUGUAUAAAAUUGCCAGUGCCUUUCACAUUAUUAAUAUUCAUAAAUGGAAUUGAAUGAUUGAUGAGGACGUA